UGUUCCCACAGGUCGCCGUCCCCAGUGCCACCCCCGGCCCCUCCUGGGCGGUGCCAGUGGUGGACAUGGGGGGCGCGGGGGGGGGUCCGGACCCCGACCCCGACCCCGACCCCGACCCUGAAGAGCUGUCGGCUGCGCGGGCGGCGCUGAGCUGCGUGCCCCCAAAUGAGCUGCUGCAGCAGGACGAGGAUGGGGACACGCUGCUCCACCUGCUGUGCGCCCGAGGGCUGCGCGCCCCCAGCCGUGCGGCUGCGGAGCUUUUUGGGGCCCUGGGGCGGCUGGAGCUGCGCGAGCACCGCGGGAAGGUGGGCUGAUAACCGGCUAAUAACGGGCUAAUGACGGGCUAAUAACGGGUUAAUAACCGGCUGAUAACCGGCUAAUAACCGGCUAAUAAUGGGCUGAUAACGGCUUGAUAACGGGCUGAUAACCGGCUAAUAANNGACGGGCUAAUAACGGGUUAAUAACCGGCCGAUAACCGGCUAAUAACCGGCUAAUAAUGGGCUGAUAACGGGGAUAAUGAGGGGAAUGGGGAGGAAUGGGGGGAAAUGAGCUAAU